UUGGAUAGGCUCCGCAGAUUUAUCUGUUUAGGGUCAGAAUCUGGAACUUACUAUAUAUCCGAGACUGAUCUAGGUAUUGAAAAUGCAGCAUGUAUUCAACGAUUAAUAGAUGAUGGGCGAGGUGUAGAAGCUGUCAAGGAACUAAUAACAUAUAGCACAGAAGGCCGAGUUGCAAAAGACAAACCCAUUAUAUUUGCACUAGCUUUCCUCGCAAGAAAUAGCAAGGACUUAAAGACGAAAACUGCUGCGUACAAUGCAUUAAGUGACAUCUGUAGAAUACCAACACAAUUAUUUAUUUUUAUUGAUUUUGCUCAAAAUUUAAGUGGUAAUACAAAAGGAUGGGGUCGAUGUCAGAGAACUGCAAUUAGUGACUGGUACAAUGAUAAAAUUCCUAAGCAACUUGCUCUACAUGUUACAAAAUAUAUACAACGAAAUGGAUGGUCACAUAAGGAUGUGUUGCGAUUAGGACAUGUCAAACCAGAAAAUCAAGGUACUUCUGUCAUACUACGUUAUGUUGUAAAGGGCCUAGAAGCCACCAAGAAGGAAUACCUCAAGGAAGACUCACCUAGCAAUAUACAGGAGCUCAUCUCUUACCUUGAGGUGGUAGACACUGUUAAACACUCAGGAGACAAACAACAAGUUGCAAGGUUGAUCGAGGAGUAUGACCUGGCUAGGGAACAUGUGCCAACCUCAAUGCUGAAUUGCCGAGAGAUAUGGCGAGCUUUACUCCAACACAUGCCAAUGACAGCAAUGUUACGUAACCUAAGCAAGAUGACAACGAUGGGGUUAUUCCCAUCCCGAGGAGACAACACAAAGCUAGUAGUAGACCGACUGAAGGAUGAGGAAUUGCUGAGGAAAGCAAGAAUUCAUCCCUUUAAUGUACUUAUUGCCCUGAAGGCUUACGAACAAGGAAAGAGUGACAGGGGCAAACUGAGGUGGAUUCCUAAUGAACAGAUACGUGCAGCACUAAACAGUGCUUUCUAUGCCUCAUUCAAGUUCAUUGAACCGACCAACAAGAGAUUCCUAAUCGCAGUUGACAUAAGCAGCUCCAUGACACACGGUGGUAUCCAUGGCACCCCACAAAUGAGUCCUGCUAUUGGUGCUGCUGCUAUGGCAAUGUCUACAGCACGUACAGAACCUCAUUAUCAGAUUGUGGCAUUCUCUACGGACAUACGACCAGUUGAGCUGAAUGGGUCCCUAACAGUGCAACAAUGUUGUCUAAAAUUUGCUGAGCUUUCAGAGGGAGGAACCAAUUGCUCAAAGCCAAUGCAGUGGGCCAUGGAGAAAAAUCUUGCUUAUGAUGUGUUCAUAGUGUACACAGACUGUGAGACCUGGUAUGGCAAUACACACCCUAGUGAGGCUCUAAGGCAGUACAGAGCAGCCAUGAAUAUUCCUAAUGCUAGACUGAUUGUGUGCUGUAUGACCAGCAAUGGUUUCACCCUAGCAGAUCCUGAAGACCCUGGCAUGCUGGACAUUGCAGGCUUCGACUCUGCCGCUCCUGAAGUUAUUCGCAAUUUCGUGAUGGGACAUCUGUAACCAGUGUACAGCCAUUUAUUCCCCUCUUGUUUGAUAAUGGGAGGCCUUAAAUUAUUCCUACUUUUCCUGGGCAAGUCUGGUGACGGUAGCCAUAGAAACCAUGGUAGUCAUAACAACAAAGUUAUGGGAUAACAGGUUUACAAAUUACUGAAUGAAGCUGGAUGCAACUUCUUUGGCAGGAUGUAAAUAUAUAGCUUUAAUUUAUCACAUGUUUAUUAAAUGAAGCUUAUAAAUGAAGUUUUAAUGACUUUCAGCCAGGGAGAAGUUGUCAGGACUUAUAUAUACAUUAUUGCUUGUGUGUAUUGCUAGGAUUCAAAUACACAUAUAGUGUGUACCUAUAGCUAGAUUGUGUAUAGCUAUUCAUAUAAAAUUGUAGCUAUUUAGUUUGAGUGUGUAUAGCCAGGAUUUAUAUACACUUGUAGCUCUAUAGUCGGAU